UUUUUUUAAAAUAAGAUUUAUAUAACAAAAAGAAGAUCCGAAGGAAAAGUUUCGACCGGAUACCGGAAAUUAUCCGCUUUGGAAAGAAUUCAAGGACACGACUGCGGAGUUGAUGGUCUUUAAAGACUCCUUAUAUGCGAUGAAAGACAUGGACAUCUUCAACGGUACUUCUGAGCGAGUGCUGGAAGAGUUUGACAUCAUCGAUGAAAUCAUCACAGAGGACAUAGAGCGGUCGGUUGGCGGCCUCCCUGGACCUCCUCCCCCUCCCGCUAACCUCCAAUGCCCACCGUGCAACGAGAACCUCAGGACGCUCCAAACGAGCCCCUCAACGCCAUCCCAGCCCGUGCUGCUGGCGAGAGGCACCGCAUGUCAGCCAACCCGCACCUUCCCUCAGCCUCAGCAGCCGUCCUGCACUUCCAGAGCGAUGGCUCAUCCUUCCCGGGGAGCCGGCUCUCCAGCCGGUUCCUCUCGCCGUGGUCGAGGCUCCUCGUGUUUGCUGUCCUCUAAGACCUCUGGUGGUGUUUCGUGCCACAAUCGGGGAGGUGAAACAGAUAUGCUGGAGCGGAUUCUGCAGAAGCCCAAACUGGUGGUGGUGGAGGAGCCCAAGGAGAGAGGCAUGAGGUUUCGCUAUGAGUGUGAGGGACGCUCAGCCGGAAGCAUCCUGGGGACGUCCAGCACUGAAACCAACAAGACUCAGCCUGCUAUAGAGAUUCAAGGUCCCAUUGACCACAUAAAGAGGGUCACAGUCACCGCUUCCUUGGUGACCAAAGACCUCCCACACAGACCUCACCCCCACUGCCUUGUGGGUAAAGACUGCCCGACUGGUUCGGGUAUCUGCAUGGUCACGUUCAACCCUAACAGCAACCGACGUCACAGCUUUGCUAACCUUGGGAUUCAGUGUGUGAGGAGGAGAGAGCUUGACGUUUCCCUUCAGAAGAGAAGAAACCAAAAUAUCGACCCCUUUCAAACUGGUGACUCAAAGGGCAUUGAAGACAUGGACAUGAACUCGGUGCGGCUGUGUUUUCAGUGUGAGCUCGAGUGGGAUGACGGCAGAAAAGACUGUCUCAGCCCAGUGGUGUCCAACCCCAUCUAUGACAAGAAGGCCACAACUACAUCACAGCUGAAGAUCAACCGUCUGAACCAGUACAAAGGUUCCUGCAGCGGCAAGACGGAGAUCUACAUGUUGUGUGACAAAGUACAGAAAGAUGACAUAGAGAUCAUCUUCAGGCAAGGGUCGUGGAAGGCGAGCGGUGAGUUUGCCCAGACAGACGUGCACCGGCAGAUCGCCAUCGUGUUUAAGACCCCACCCUACCAGGACCAGGACAUCACAGAGGAGGUUGAAGUGAGCGUCGCCCUGCGUCGACUCUCAGACCAGAUGGAGAGCGAGCCUGUUACCUUCACGUACCUCCCGCACAACCAAGAUCCAUACGAGGUGAAGCGGAAGAGAAAGAUAAAGUCAGAUAUGAGCUUCAGAGACAAACCGUGUGUGACAGCAGAAAGUGCACCUGUAGCCGAGCAGCCCUUCCACUUUCCGCAGCCUCCGACCAUGGCUCCAGAUGAGAGGCUUUGUGCUGCCCAGCCUGACGUCUCCGCUUUAGGUUACAACGAGCUCCCGGACUCAAACAAUGCCGCUGACGCAACGGCCAUCCUUCUUAAUCAGUUGCUAGAAAUGCCCGAAUUAUGGGAAAUCAUAUCCAACCCGACCUUCCCCCCGCCCGUGCCCUCUGGCUUUGAGCCUGGGCCCGACGCCAAUUCCACAUUUGCCAACAUGGAUAUGAACUUUAACCAGAACUUUGGCUUUACCCAGUACAACGACCUGCAGUUCAACAUGCUCGUCAACGAGAACCAGACUCCGCUGUUGGAGGCACAGGACAGUUCCUCUAACAUGGUUCAGGUGAAGACAGAAGACGAGCUAUGAGGAUGGGGCAGUUGGAAUCAUGUAGCACUCUUACACAUCCUCUGUCCACUUUAAAAGAAUAAUUAGACAUUAUGGGAAAUAUGCUUAUUACCUUUUUGACAUAGCCAGUCUUUGCCCUAAGCUAAAGCUAACCAGCUGCUAGUUUCAGCCUAAUAUUUUGCAUACAGAAGUGAGAGUUGUCUAGAACUUCUCCUCUAACUCUCCGCAAGAAAGCGAAUAAGCAUAUUUCCACCCCCCAAACAAAACCUGUCCCUUAACCCUUCGGGAGUUAGAGCCAAACACCAUUAUGUUGUCCCAAACCCAAGACGAAGCAAAAUGCCUCCUUUGCUCCGGCUGCUUGCACUGUGAAAUGUGUUUGUAGACUCAUUUGGUUUCACACCUCUGCACUGUUGCUCUCACUCACCCCACAUGUUUUGUCUGAACGCCUUGCUGGUCGAGGCUUUUAGCAACCAGGAGCAGGUUUACAUUCCAAAAUCUGAAGUGCUGCUAGCAUUAAUCUUGAGGUCAGAGGAAGGACGGAGAAGAGAACUCAUAAACAUAUUGGGAACAGUAGAAACCCUUCCAUGAAUUGAUGUGUAUUGUGGUAAAUCAUUGAUGGAGUGAGACUGAAGUACCUGUCAUGUAAUGUUUGUGUGAGGUCUGUUUUUGUCUGCUUCCAAAUUAUUAUUGGGGAAACGAUCUGACUUCCUACUAGAUGUGGUCGACAUUGUGAAAGAGUCGUAGUUUUUAAAAGAAAAAAAGUCUCAAGUAGAGUAGUUUGAGAUUGUUCUUGUGUGCUAUUAGUCUCUGUCAAUGUGUCCGUCACAGCAGCUUGUUUAAUAUUUAAUCUACUUUUAAAUGCAAUAGAAACCAGUCCGUCCUUCGCAUUCAUAGGUCUGUGUCAGUUCCUUUUUGUUCCGCAGUUUCAGUCUCGUGCCAAGAAAUUAAACGUGUACUCUGUAACUUGUCAUGAGUCCAACUCCGCCCCCUCACUGUAGCGUCAAUGUUUCAGACAAGAUAAAAAUAAAAUUUCAGUCUGUU